AUGGCGACUGCAACACCGUCACCCCUGGCCAGCUCUGUUGAGAAGACAAAUGGAAACAAGCUAAGUAGGCUUCUCAUCGAUGGGGGAACAACAGUGCUGAGGAAUAUUUUCGAUUCCCAUCACCCUCCUGCCAACUUGGCUGCUAAUCUUAGUUCCAGACAUAUUCAUCCCAUUCUUACUAGACUUCGGCAUAGAAACAUUCUGAAUGGUGUUCAAUGGGACAAACUGUUUCCACCACCAGGUGGAGGGCCACCAAACUCUAUUAACUUUGAUAUCACUCUUCUGUUCCUCUUGCUGAGAAACAUUUGCGGCCUAUCCCCUCCCCUUUCAGGCUGGGACAGAAUGCCCCCCGCGAGUGACACCUCUUUUGAGGCUAACCUUGCUCGCAUGAAGUACCAUCGAAACGUGCUCUAUGGUCACGUUGCAUCAACUGGCAUUCAAACAUCAGUGUUCGAUGUGAAAUGGCAGGAAGUUAGUUCCGUUCUUGUUUCGCUUGGUUUAAGUCAGUCUGAAGUAGACAGAUUAAAGCGAGAGCCUUGUGGAGAGGACUAUGUCAGCGCUGUUACUGAAUGGAUGAAAAAUGACGAGGAGAUCCAAUUCCAGCUGAAAGAUCUACUUAAUAAACAACAGCAAGUGCUCCAGACCCAACAGAAAGAUCACAGAACUCUUCACGAUACGCAUCAAAUAAUUGGAAAAGUGCAAGAGACGCAAAUAGAAGCCAGCAAUUUGCAACAGGAGGACCACAGAACUCUUCAAGAUACACACGAGGCAGUUGGCAGAGUGGAACAAACGCUUCAAGAUACACACCAGGCAGUUGGCAAUUUACAACAGCUGCAAAAAGAGGCAGUGAAAUUGCAACAAGGGGACCACAGAAUUCUUCAGGAUACGCGCCAAGCAGUUGAAGGUGUACAGCAGUCUAUACAAGACACAAAACAGAUGCUACAGGAAGUUCGGAGAACCCAACAAGAAUCGCAGCAGCAGAUAAAGUAUAAGGCUGCAAACGCUGAAGAAAGAAGAGAUAAAGCUGAAGAGGAUGAAGUUCUGAGAAAAUUAGCACAAGUUAACACCGAGAGAGUCAUCCAGUAUCACUCUGGGAAAUACCAGGAAGGAACGCGCUUGCACAUCUUUGAGAAGAUCAAGUUGUGGCUAGACGACCUUACAUCUGAAAAUCGUGUGAUGGUAAUCAGUGGCGAUGCGGGAAUGGGCAAAUCAGUUAUGGCCGCUGUCGUUUGUCAGAGAAUGCAACACGCUGGUCGGCUCUCAGGAAGUCACUUUUGUCAGCACAACAAGGAACGUUACAGAAACCCUAAGGUGAUGCUUCAAUCGUUAGCUUAUCAGCUGUGUGAUGGUUUACCAGAAUACAAAAGUGAACUUGUGAAGAAACUUUCUAGAAACUUGGGUGUGGACAUUAACAGCCUAGAAGUUCAGGAGUUGUUCGAAUUUCUUUUCGAAGAGCCUUUAUGUAGCGUAGGAGACCCUGGGAGAAAUUUGCUGUUAGUUAUUGAUGGCCUGGAUGAAAGUGAAUACAAAGGCCGCAAUGAUCUGCUUGAUGUCGUAGCUAAUUAUUUUUGUAAACUUCCUGUUCGGUUCCGGUUUCUUGUUACCACUCGACCUGAAGUAAAUAUUGCAGGUCGUCUUAACAAGUUUAAUCCUAUUCAGUUAGAGCAAGAUAACGAAGAAAACGUGAAAGACAUCAGACUCUUCCUUGAAAAACAGUUGAGCAGCGUUAUUCAAUCGGGCUCUGAAGAUGUUGUUAUCGAUGCACUGGUCCGAAAGGCUGCAGGGCAUUUUUUAUAUGCUUAUUUGAUGGUCGAUUUUAUCAAGAACAACUUUUCACUUCUCAUCCCCGAGGAGUUAGGAAGAACCUUACAUUCAGGUGUAUCGUCUGUUUAUCAGUCCUACUUCGAACGUUUAGAGAAAGAAUUGGAAAUUGGUGAGGACCAGUUUUUGACUUUUUUAAGUGCUAUGGCAGCUGCAAGAGAACCGCUACCACGAGACUUUGUUUCUAAGAUGUUGCUUUCGGACUCGAAGUCCCCAUCUGGUCCUCGGAAAGUAACAAAAGCUAUUGACUCUAUCUCAACCCUUCUACCUGUUCAUGAUGACUGCAUUUUGUUCUUCCACAAAUCAGUUAAGGACUGGUUGACUGACAGAACUACCUACGGGCAACACACCUUCUCCGUGGAUGAAAAGCAAGGUCAUGCCAUACUCUCUCGGCUCUGUACUAAUGAACUGAAUAAUGUGAAAAUAAAAGGCGUUCACGGUACAGAAUUCAGUAACACUGCAAGGUACGCCCUACAGCAUGGUGUUUAUCAUAUGCUCGAGUCGGGAGAGCUGGAAGAGAGUACAAGAAGCUUUGAAGAAAUCGUUAACUAUGUUACCGACUUAAACAUUGUGUAUGCAAAGCUUUGUGUAAACAACACGGCUAGUUCUGAAGACAUUAUCCUUACUCAGAAACAAGAUGCUUUUCAGUCAUUAAGUAGUGAGAGCCGAAAAGCCCUUGGCACCUUGUUGUCUCUCUUACGAAAGUACCGUGGAAGACUUUCCACGCAUCCUAGUACAAUAUUUCGGGUGAUGGUGAACGAGGGAGGGGAAGUUUUUGCUGGUGAAGCGACGAAAGUUUUACAGAGUCGUGAAAUACCAUACAUGGAGUACCUUCACAAGGAAGCUGUGAAGGAGGCAAAUAAUACCCAAGCUGAGUUUCCCUGUAACUCCACGGUUGUUUGUUUUGAUACUUCACUGACGCAGGAGUUCAUGGUUUGCGAAUGUACUGAUGGGAUGAUUUACCUUUGGUCCCUCAAAACGGGUGCGCAAAAGUGGGUACGUCCGGUUGAGGUCAAGAAAUGCUACUUUAAACCUGAUGUCCCCUUUAGAGUGGUGCCAAAAUCAAAUGUAUACUCAUGUUAUCGCUCUGUUGUUUUUCACCCUACUGAGCCCAUUGUUCUUCCUGGAAUCCUUAGCCAUGCUUACUCGUUUAAAGGAAACCUCCAACCUCUGUUCCCAAAAAGCAACUGCAGAUUUUCUGUUUGUUCAGUUCAUGGGGACGAGAGCAAAAUUAUCACCGAUUGCCCUGGGGAUGCUAAAUGCCUUGUCAUAUGGAAUCUAAAAAAUGGUGAAGAGAUCACUCGAACCAUCAGAAAUGAAGAUGUUUUGUCUUUUGCUUUGUCUCCAGAUGGAACGCUUCUGGCAAUUUCCCAUUUUUCGGAACUGGUAUGUUUGGUUGACGCAUUGAACUGCUUAAACACCACUCUUGCAGAAAUCGCCACCUUUCGACCUUGUGGAAUGAUAAAGUUUACCCCUGACAUGCAACGCCUUUUUUGUUUGUCUUGGUCACUUCCACAAAGUGAAGACAAACGCAACGUUAAGGGGCGAAUAAGACGGUUGCGAGACUUAUGUUGUCCCUUAAAGGUCAUUAAGUUGCCUUGUGGUACCUUCUCCUUGAACCCUUUGGACUAUGAGUUUGGUCAUGAUGAAGAUUUUGGCGAGGAUCCAUGGAAUUACGAAUCAUCUAGCAAAGGUGGAUUCUUGAUGGGAGAUCCUAUGUUUUACAAGAUUUCCUUGUCCUCGUACGUUUCACUUGAUUCGUUUACAUUUGCAUUUGUAUUAAACAAACAAAGUGUAUUAACUGUCCUUCCUAACAACAGUAAAAUUACAAUGCUUAAACAUGAGGGUUCUUCGAGGGCCAGCUGGCUUUUUUCUUUCUUUUCUCGUCCCCGUGGCAUUGCCUUCGCUUUAGAUGGAAAGACCAUUUAUGGUACCUUUGAAGGGUAUAAAGGCUUAAAAUUGGUAUCUUUGGAUGUGUCGAGUGGAGAUCGUAAAGCAGAGAAAGUAAUAAGUACACGUGAUGUUUUACUUGUACCUGUGUCAGAAGGUGUCCUUUUGAAAGAUAAUUAUCCUGGGACGUAUGUUCAGCUAUGGAAUUUUGAGUUGUCACAACAAAUCCGAAGUUGGCCUAAUUUAAGCGAGGUUAGAGAUAUAAUGCCAUUUUCAGACCGCUGUGUAGCGUGUGUGGGGAGAGAUUUUGAAGUAAGCAUCCUGGACACAUCAAAUGGAAACAUAGUGAGGACCAUCCCACUUUUUCUCGAGGAUUACUGGUCAAGAUAUUAUUUGUUGCAUAAAAAGGUAGUAUGUAACAGGAAAUAUCAGCUGCUAUCCACCUCUCGUAAGUCAGUUCAGCUGUCAGACGGCAAAAAUGAAAUAUGGAGGAGAACUGUGAAAUUGGCACAUUUGUUUUUAGGUGACGUCCUACCUGGGAUGUUUUCUCCAACAGAGGAGUUUGUCCUUGUCUCGUGUACAAACUCUGAGUCGAAGACAGAAGUACUUGUGCUUGAAGCAUCUUCAGGAAAGUAUCUCCGGACGCUAUGCACCGUUAACAGAAUUCUUGGCUGUGCCUUUGUAAGUAAGACGGAAUGUGUUAUCGUCUGCAUGAAUACCUCAGGGAGUUAUUGUCUUCCUUUGUUCAAUGUUAGCACUGGGGAUUUCAUAACUGUACUUGAUAUAGAUUUUAAACCGUCCAAGUGUCUGGCUUCCUGUCCACAAAAGGGUUUGAUCGCCAUUGGCGUUGAGAACUCCAAAUGUAUGUGCGCAGUUAUCCAAGUAAAACUGCCGCGAGACAAAGUAAACCGGGAAGCAAAAGGUGGGUAAUGCGUUUUUUUCCUUAUCGUUAGUCGAAGAAUGCUAAGUUUACGUAGCGUCGACAGAUCACACCUACAUGAAAUUGGUAAUAGUAGUUCCCAAAAAGGAGCUUGUGUGAAGGAUAGUGCAGUUUGUAGAUAUCAGUGGGAUCGAACCUCUAUUAAGCAGCCACUCUAUUUAGCGGCCUGUGACAAGAUUCCCUGCGAACAAAGCUGUCAGUAAAUCACUGUAAAAAGUCUCUUUAUUAAGUAGUCACUCUGUUUAGCGGCCUGUUAUAAGAUUUCUUGCGAACAAAGCUGUCAGUAAGUCACUGUAAAAAGUACCUUUAUUAAGCAGCCACUCUAUUUAGCGGCCUGUUCCAAGAUUCCCUGCGAACAAGGCUGUCAGUAAAUCACUGUAAAAAGUACCUUUAUUAAGCAACCACUGUAUUUAGCGGCCUGUUACUAAAUUCCCUUCGGACAAAGCUGUCAGUAAAUCACUGAAAAAAGUACCUUUAUUAUUUAUUAGGCGGUUACUUGUCCCUUCCCCGAGGCUGGCCGCUGGCCGCUUAACACUUCAAGUCCUAAGGGUGAUCAACCUCAAUUUUCCCUUAACAAUAUCAAUACAUCAUCAUAAAAAAACGUUAUGAGAAUUGAUGAAAUGAUCACCUAAGAGAAAAUGCUUUGAUCUUUAAACAAAUUCUAUCAACUGUUCCUUCUUCUUUGAGCGAGAUAUUUCAGCUCCACAAAACUUUGUCAAUCUUUAAAAAUUUUGCCAGUAUCUUUCUUCUCCGUUUUCAAAUAUUCUCGCAGAUGUGGUAGAUAACACAGAUCUUGUUUAAUUAAUAGGGAUGUAAUAAUGGUUCACUCUUACUUUGUUAUCUGGGACCACUGAUGAAUACAAAUUUAGUUAUAUUUUGGGAUUUCAGAUCCUUACAUAAGCAGAUAAUUUCUAAUUGCAUGCGUUAUUUAAGUAUUGUCGAUUGCUUUUGGUCUUUGCAUUCAGUUUUCCCAUCCAUAGCAUCCAGGAAGAUUUCACUUAAGCAAUCAGAAAUAAGUGGCCUUUAUAGUUUCGAUAGUUACUAUUAAUUUUUAUAGAUCAAUUUUCAAUCCGUCAACUGAGUAACUUAUUCAUCGUAACUUAUUCAUCGUGUUUUAAUGUUUUGCAGGUUCCGAAAGCUCAACACUUGGGGAGAAAGGUUGUGCCACAGUCUGUCGACCUGGCAACAAAUUGUCAGUACAAGGUUCUCUAUUCUCUCCCGUUCCAACUGUAACGUUAUUUUGGUAGGCGUGUAAGGGAGAUUAUAAUAUGAGAUUUUUACUUUACUUCAAGUUCAUUCUAGGCGUGAAAAGAAGCACGGUUAAGAAACCGAAAUCGUUUAACCCAUGCCAAUUUGCCACUGAGGUUCUAAAUCACAUUUUAAAAUUGCUUUAAACUAAACGAUUGUAGGAUGUAAUGAUAACAUCCGAAACCCUUGCGCUCCUUUCGCACCAAUAUUAAACAUGUUUAAAAGCUGUUUAGUUUACCUUGGCAUAUUUUUCCGCUCUAUAUUGGUGAUUGUCGCCUUAAAGUUUGUAGAAAUUAACGCACAAGUUUAAGAUUAGUUUCUUGAACCCUUUUGAGUUAUGAUUGUUAAACCUGGUAUAAUUAAACAAAGGGACACUCAAUGGAUAUGUUCCUCAAAAUAUCUGUUCUUCAGGCCAAUUUUUUGCUGGCUGUGAGAUUUGGAAAAAAAUUAUUUGUCCUUGGAAGGAAUGUGUAAAUUGAGGGUGUCUGAGGGGAUUUGAUGUUUUGAAUAGCUGGUAUGGGUAUGUGCUAUUUGUCAGGUACUUCCCCCCCCCCCCCUCCCGCUGAAGAGGUAAAUUUCCCCCUUAGGCCACACCCAAAAUUCCUUUCUUAAUUCCUUUCUUGUACCUUGCUGGCUGGGAACUCUUUCAACAGUUUUGCUGGGAGUGAGGAACACAUAAAUCUCCCAAAAUGCUUAAAAUGGAUUCAUGCUUUGUUGUUGUUUUUAGGUCUUUUUCUCAAAAUUUUCCGUUUAUUUCUAUUUUUUUUUAUUGAUGGUUGUGGCACUGUUUUUAAUCUUACUUCACUGCGAAAUGGUUGUUGAUGUUUAGUCUGUACUUAUUAAUCUUGCAGUUUGGAGCUUUAACAUUGAUGAUGGAUGUACAUGCAGUAUCUAGAAAUGUUACGUGAGCGGCUUGUCUCUUGACAGGAGGUGGAUUAAAAAAACACGCUGUGAAUUAAAAGCCCUCAAACAUGGAAAAGCUUCGAAAAGUAUGCCUUAACAGUACGUUUAACCUUUUAAAAAUAAAUGUUCAUUGUUUUAGCAUCGUUUAAGGAUUUACAGUAAUUAUUAGCAAGCAAACCAGAAAAGCUCUAGAAUUGAUGCGGAGUACUGUAUCAGCUUGUAUCGUAAGCAAAAGCGCAAGGCUUACAUUUGAAGACGUUCUAUUAACAUUUGGUGAAUUAAACUGAAUUAGUAAUUAAAAGCAAAGCUAGAGAAAACAUGUACAAUAUCAUAGCCUCAACAGAUUAAGGAAUAUUUUCAAUAAUUUCUUUUUGGCGUCAUUAAAUGACUUUGAGUUAGCAAGUAAACAGAAAUCGUUCUACUCGUAAUGUAGUGUAAAAGUUUGUAAUCAGUUUAUUGUAAAGUUUAUGGUCAAAGAGUGUUUUUUUUUACAUCAUUUUGACUUAGGUAACAGCUUUUUGUUUUUACAUGAAGAAGUUUCUUUUUUGAUUGAAUUUAUUUCGUUACUAGUAAAACGAAGGACCUUUAGCUUAAUGUUCAGUUUCGAAAGCAAUAGUUCAAGGUAUAUUUUCGAAGAGUUAGGUUUCUAGGACUUAGUACUAGCAUCUCAAGUAAGACAGAACAGCAAUAUAACAUAUGUUCAGUAUAUAAUCAGUUUUAUAUUUGAUUUAGCGCAAAAAUCGUAAGACCUGAUUGAGCUUACCGUUUGUAUUUGAAGAUUUCUCUGUUAGUUCAAGGCUUAGUAUUAGCAAGUAGGACAGAAAAACAGAACCAAUGUUCAGUUUCAUAAGCAAUAGCCGGCGUCAUGAUUGAACGGUAGCUGAAACUUGAUAGUUGUGGAGCUUUUCGUCGGUAUCAAAGUAAAUGACAUAGUUUAGCGAGUGAAAAGGAAAACCUAAGAACGUAUUUUUAGUAUGAUAAGCAAAAGCAAAAGUUCUAUAUCUGAAGAGUUUUAUAUUUUUAUUGGUGUCAUUAAAAAUGACUGUAGUUUAGCAAGGGAAAAGGAAAACCCAAGAGAUUACAUUCAGUAUCGUGAGCAAUAGCUUAAGUCAUUUAUUUUUUAUUGGAGUCAUUAAAUGGCUUAGAAGUCGCACUUAAGUAAAACAGAGCCUUAAUUUAGUCAGCUGGCUUAGUAUCCGGCAUCAUGGCCAGUAACUGAAGGACGAUAGUUGUAGAUUUUUUUUUUCAGUAUUAUUAAAACAAAUUAGUCAGCAAGUGAAGGGGAAAACAUAAGAACAUGCAGGGGCGUAGCUGCCGUUAAGCCAUUAAGCCCGGGUUAACAAAAAUGCGGGUUAAAAUGAGCUGAUAUAAGGGAAGGUAGGUUUUUUAUUGGGGGGGAGGGCUUGGUCGUAGAGGCAACUAUGCGAUCCUUCCCUGACUGUGACAAGCCUUCUGAUUCCCAUUAUCUACCACUAUCAGCAACAUCUGUCGAUGGUCGUGAACCUGAUGAUUUUUAGCCCAAAGCUCAAAUGAAAAGAGUGUUCCACCAAAACAAAUUAAAUCCGGGAGACGACGAGACAACAGCUGAAUUUUCUUGGAACUGUAUUGUCCCGCUGAAGAUUGUGGAGGACUAUGUUGAUCAACUUGCUCAAAUUGAAAUGCACAAGGAAAAGCGAAGAGCUGAAAGUGAAAGGCAGCCAACGCAGCGGCCGGAACAAGAUUACAACGACAUUGAAUGAGAGCAAUUGUAUAAUUCUGACCAAAUAUCGUCGUUGAAAGUUCAUGAACUUAAUUUGUACUUGGUACGCCAUGGAAUCGUGUUUAAAGGGGAGAAGCCAGAGAAAGUGGCAUAUAUAAAGUACAUAUCGCUAGCAGGAUCUUACCAGGCAUGGAGAAAGAGACUCCACUGCGUAAAGAAACUUCAACUUUGGGCUCAGAAAGUGAUGAAGAGGAAAGGAUUGUAGGUUCUGAAACAUUGUUAACAUCAUCGAUAGAAUUGAGCGAUAUAAGUGACAGCCCUGUAUAUUGCAUACAGUGGACACAACAAUGUCAAGGUGCGGCCGAAAGAGAACACAGGUCGUCCGGCGUCCGAGACAGUUACGUGCCAUGGCAGAACAAGAAGAAAAAAGAAAGAAAGAAAGAGUGA